GUCUCUUUCGAAGAUCCAUCCGCGAGUUCUUCUGUUAACUUGCUCUGCAAGACUGCAAUUCUCAGUAUUCAACGCCUUAAUUACUCUAGCGAUGAACAACCGAGUUAUCUACGCAUGGGGAGUAUCAAUUCUGUGCUUUGUUGUGCUCAUGAUCGUCACUCCAGCGAUUCCACAGUCGGAGAGCUAUCACGACUUCGCCGAUCAACGCAAAUUCUUCGGUAUACCAAAUACAUUGAAUGUUAUAUCAAACUUUCCAUUUCUUGUUAUUGGUACAAUCGGGCUAAUACUCAUGUAUCAUGGGAACUACUUUAGGCUCAGAUUAGAAGGAGAGAUUUGGGGUUGGAUAUGUUUUUACAUUGGUGUGGCUGCUGUUGCUUUCGGUUCAGCUUACUAUCAUCUGAAACCAAAUGAUGCUACUCUCGUAUGGGAUCGUUUGCCAAUGACUAUUGCUUUCACAUCAAUCAUGGCAAUCUUUAUUAUUGAAAGAGUUGAUGAGAGAAAAGGAAAGCUAUCAAUUAUUCCCCUAUUGUUGGCUGGCGUGAUAAGUAUUUUAUAUUGGCGGUUCUUUGAUGAUCUUCGCCCAUAUGCACUUGUUCAGUUUGUUCCAUGCAUUGUCAUUCCCAUAAUGGCUAUUUUGUUGCCUCCUAUGUACACAUACUCCUCAUACUGGCUUUGGGCAGCAGGGUUUUACCUUCUAGCCAAAGUGGAAGAAGCUGCAGACAAACCAAUUUAUAGAUGGACUUUCCAUGUUGUGAGUGGCCACACUCUUAAGCAUUUAUGUGCAGCAAUGGUACCUGUCUUUCUUACUCUCAUGCUUGCAAAGAGACACAUCGAAACAGAAAGGCAAAGCUUGUUUCAGAUAUGGAAAGUUUCAUGGACAAAAGUGAAGGCUAAUGGUAAUGAAGCAAGUGUGGAGAACCUUACUUGUGUAUACACUAAUGUUCCUGUUGAGGAAGAAGACCAAACCACCCACUAAUGAUUACUGCAACCUUAAAAAUUAUGUCUUUUUAAUUUUAGUAUACAAUUUGAGACUGUCAUUGUAAUUCUCCUACCAAAAUUUAAACCACAUCUGAAUAACUUUAAUGUAUAGUGCUUCUUUUUUUGGUUUGCCUCCAAAAAGGAAGAAAAAAAAAAGAGAGGAUAUUAACAAUGUUAGAAAAAUAUGUUUAGGUUUCUU